AUGGAGCACGCGUCGUUUCCCCCCCCAGUGCCCCGUUACGACGUCCUCGACCCCCCCCAUCUGCUGCUCUUCGCGUGUCGGCCUCGCAGCAGCGGGUACAGGGCCCCCGGUCUUGCCUCAGCCUGCAACAGACAAAACGACGCCAUCCCCCUCCCCUACAUCACCAUGGCGGCCUCCCAAUUCUUCAAGACCAUCUUCAUCCCCCUCUUCCUCGCCGCCAUUCUCUAUGUCCUCCUAGCCUUCCUCAUCCUCCCCUUUGUGCGCCGCCACCGCAGUCGCUACAGCCAGUACCUCCCCAUGCCAGCCGGUGUUGCCGACUUUCCAGCCUCAUGGCGGACGAACCUCUCGGAUGCCCUCUACGGCCUAUUUGCCCCUGGUGUCUGGACGAGAAGCCGCACAGUCGUUCAUGGCAGCAGUCUCAAUGAGGAUGAAUUAUUUGACGACGAAGAGGGCGAGGACAUGGUCGGCUUUGAUCCCAUUGACGAGCGGAGGCGCGAGGCGCUGGAGCAACGAAGGAGCAUCAUGGAGGAAGAGCGAAGAUUGGGCAGAGAGCUGGAGCAGGGCUUCAAAGACGACAGUGACGAAGAGACAGACGACGAGAGAAGACGGUCGUUGUCGAGGAGCGCCUUCCCUAGCAGCGCUUCUGGGGAGAACGCUUUCCCUAACAACAUCGAAUAG